CGACGCUUCUGCUAUCAACAGCCCGAGAGCCGACGGUUAAAAUGCAAUAUAAAGGAAACAGCCAAUGUCAAACGCCUGCACGCUGUCAAACCAGCCAGUGACAUCGAAACCACCGCGUCCCCUACACGGCGGUCGAAGUCAAGCAUUUUGGCAUUUCUCAAAGCGGACACGCCUCAAUCUCUUGGGAUUCCUGGGCUCCGGCAUUUUGCUGCGCGAUCUCACGCCAGCGAUUAUCGAACCCGUACCAAGCCACAAGUACAAGUGUCACUUGUCGCUGUUUGCGACCGCGGACCGGACGUUGACGGAAACCGAACGCAAUAAUUUCUGCGAGUGUUGACGCCUUGCCAGUCACGCCCAGGAGCAGAACUGAGAUUCAUUGGGCUAGCAAAUCAUGAGUGCCGCCACGGCAGACGCCAACCGCGCGUUUCCCCUCCACGCUUUCUCCACGAAUCCGCUGCGCGACAGAGACGAUGCUGUCAAGGCUGUGGUGUCGUUACUCGAUCCGCUCUUGGCGGGCUUCUCUGACUACAACUCUAUGAUCAAAGUUGGAUCGACUGGAACUCGCUUUGAUGAGACUGCUGCUCAGGUCGAGGGCUUUGCGAGACCGCUUUGGGGUCUCGCGGCUUUGUUGGCUGGAGGCAGUGAAUAUGCAUCGACUGACAAGUUUGUCCAAGGUCUGAUCAAUGGCACAGAUCCAGAGAGUCCGGGAUUUUGGGGGUACAUGGAGGAUGUUGACCAGAGGAUGGUAGAAGCGUGUCCCAUUGGGUUUACACUGGCGGUUGCCAACAAACAAUUUUGGGACCCCUUGACUGACAAACAGAAGAAGAAUGUUGAGGCUUGGCUGGGCAGUAUGAACGGCAAGGAAAUGCCCAACACUAACUGGUUGUGGUUCCGAGUGUUUGCUAACCUUGGCCUUGCAAAAAACGGCGCGAAUUGGAACAGUGAGCUCGUCAAAUCAGACAUUAAACAACUGAACACGUUCUACCGCGGUGAUGGCUGGAGCAACGACGGUCCUGAGCACUACCGUCAGAUGGACUACUACUCGGGAUCCUUUGCUAUCCAGUAUCUCCAGCUUCUUUAUGCGAAGCUCGCCGCUGAUAUCGACCCUGAACAAGCGGCAGAGUACAAGGAACGUGCACGGCUCUAUGCUCAAGACUUUGUUCAUUACUUUGACCCUGAAGGCCGCGCUAUUACGUUCGGCCGUUCACUCACUUACCGCUGGGCCAUGGCUGCGUUCUGGGGCUCAUUAGCAUUCGCUGAUGUCGAACUCCCCGCCCCCUUAUCAUGGGGUGUAGUCAAGGGGAUUUGGCUGCGCAAUCUACGCUGGUGGACUACGCAGACCGACAUCUUCCAGUCCAACGGCAUGCUCACACUUGGAUAUUCUUACCCCAACACCUACCUCGCUGAGAACUACAACUCGCCCGGCUCACCAUAUUGGUGCAUGCUCACUUUCGCCUCACUAGCUGCCUCGAAAGACCACCCCUUCUGGACAGCAAAAGAGGAGCCCCAUCCUUACGCCAACGAGCGUAUCAUAAGACCAUUGACACACCCCCGCCACAUCGUUGUGCGAAGUGCCGGUCACUCAUUCCUCCUCAGCAGUGGGCAGUCAUGUCACUACGCAAUCAAGAACUCUAAUGCCAAAUACGGCAAGUUCGCCUACAGCUCCGCUUUUGCAUACUCCGUGUCAACUGGAUACCAGGAGCUGGAGCAAUUCGUCCCCGAGUCCUCGCUUGCACUUUCCGACGACAGUGGCGAGCUGUGGAAAAUGCGCAGAGCGCACAACGGCGACUCGAGCAUCGAGACCUUCGACGGCGUGCCAGUGUUGGUGAGCAGCAUGAAGCCAUGGCCCGAUGUCGAGGUGCAGACGUUCUUGAUCCCUCCUGCUGAGUCGAGUCCCAACUGGCACUUGCGAGUCCAUAAGAUCACAACUGGGCGCGACGUGUUGACAGCCGAGGGCGCCUUCGCCGUCCACGGCGCCAAAGCAGCUGACGGACGUGUUUUCUCUGGCUUCGAUGAAUCGCUGCCCGAGGGCGGCAUGGAGGGCAAGCAGAGCUCGCUUGCUGCGUCGAGGUCGGGUGCUGUGGGGAUCGUCGAGUUGUCGGGGACUAGCCGCGCUGGACACGUUUUGCAGGCUGAUGCAAAUAGCAAUCUUGUCGAAGCGAGGAGCGUAGUGCCUCUGCUGAAGAACGAACUCAAGGCAGGCUCGGCGUCUUGGUUCGUUACUGCUGUGUUUGCAUUGCCUGGUAGUGUUGAUGGGUGGAGGGAGAGUUGGAAGGACGGAUGGGAAAAGAGGCCGACGGUGCCCAAAUGGGUGCAGGAGAAGGUAGAUGACCGUAAAUAGACAUUCAAUGGCCAUGGUCAUUGCAUCAAUUGAAGUAUCAGAUAGAGACAGACGACAUCGCGAACAGCCAAUCCAGAACCUUGGAGACACUCUCUCAUGUUGCAGGAUAUACGGCGGACUGGGGAUGUGAGCCAAGUACACCACACGACAG